AUGACCUCCCUCAUUAACGCCGUUCGCUCCAAGUUUCUGGACGCGAUCAGGUCCGUGAAUCCUCCUGGGAGAUGGAAGAUCUUGGUCGUGGACGAGCAUUCGCAGCAGCUGCUGGGUUCGGUGCUGAAACAGUAUGAUAUCCUCGAGGAGAAUGUCACCCUCAUCGAAUCGAUCACGAAUUAUCGCGAGCCUCAGCCCGGGUUCGAGGCGAUGUACCUGCUCAUGUCAACCUCACAGAAUGUCGAUCGCAUUAUACGCGACUUCUCAAACGGGAACCAGCAAUAUGCUGGAGCGCAUUUGUUCUUUGUCGACGGACUGGACGAGCAGCUGUUCGAACGCAUCACAUCAUCGCCGGCUGAGCCGCACUUAAAGACCCUGCAGGAGCUCUUCGUCAACUUCUGGGCCGUGGAGGCACAGACGUUCUCACUCAAGCUUCCCGGCUCAUUCUUCAACAUGUACAGUCCACCCCGUAGUGACAGCGCUGUCCGUAUGGCACGCGACCGGCUGGAGGAGGAAUUGCGCUUCGUGAGCAAGAUGAUCACCAAUGUAUGCAUUACCAUGAACGAGUUUCCGUACAUCCGAUACUAUCUCCCAACACAUCACGCGCCGCUGGGUGCCUUUAAGCCGCACGCUUCGACUCGUGCGCCGCCACCGCCUGAGAACAGCGGUCGAUGGCGGACGCAGCUCGCGCGUGGUGCCGAGGCACGGGCGUACGAGAACGCAGACACCGACUUUGUCUCGAAGGUGCUCGCAUUUAUGGUACAGCGCGACCUGGACGAGUACAAGAAGGCGAAUCCCGAUUUUCCGAAAGCGUCCGAUCCACCACGGCCGCGCUCCACCAUGAUCAUCACUGAUCGGUCUAUGGAUACCCUCGCACCGUUCGUGCACGAGUUCACAUACCAGGCUAUGGCGAACGAUCUGCUUCCGAUCGAAGACGGCACCAAAUAUACGUACAAGUUCCAGUCUACACAGGGCACAUUUGAGGACAAGACGGCGACGUUGUCGGACGCAGAUAGCGUGUGGACAGCCGUGCGGCACAUGCACAUGCGCGAGGCGAUCGACAAGCUCAUGGCGGAUUUCAACCAGUUCAUGCAGGACAAUGCUGGCUUCAAGGGAGAGGGUGCGGCGAACCUGAACGACAUGAAAGACAUGUUGGCGAACCUACCACAGUAUCAAGAACAGCGAGAAAAGUUCUCGCUACAUUUGAACAUGGCUCAAGAAUGUAUGGGCAUCUUUGAGCACGACAAAUUACCUACUGUUGCGACUGUUGAGCAGAACUGCGCGACUGGCCUUACAGCCGAAGGCAAGACUCCCAAGACACUCGUAGAACAAAUGGUUCCUCUCCUGGACAGCCGAGAAGUCGUGAACAUGAACAAAGUACGCAUCAUCGCGCUGUAUAUUCAGUUCCGUGACGGCGUUCCCGACGAGGAUCGGCGAAGAUUGUACCAACACGCGCGGCUGUCACACGCCGAGCAAGAUGCGGUCAAUGCGCUGGUUCACUUCGGUGUCCGAAUAAGCAGAGGUCCCGGCGACAAAGACACGAAGAAAAGGCUACGACAGAAGCCGCCGAGCGAAGAAGAAUACGAGCUGUCACGUUUCAAGCCUCUGCUGCAGACGGUUGUCGAGGACCACGUCAAAAACCGGUUGGACCCCACGCUCUUUCCCUACGUUAAGGAAGCGCCGUCACUAGCACCUGCCAACAGCUUGCGAUCGCCUGCAUCACCAGUCAUACAGCCGGCAACCUCCUUGCGAAGCGCAAAGCCCAGUUGGCAUCGCGCUCCCAAGGCAGGUGGUGCGCGUGAGGAGGUCCGGCAACGCGUUUUUGUUUUCGUCGCUGGUGGCAUGACGUAUUCCGAGAUGCGAGAUGCGUAUGUCAUGUCGAAGUCCUUGAACAAGGACAUCAUCAUCGGCUCGACGCACGCCAUUACACCCGCACAUUUCAUCGACGACCUGAAGGUACUCGAACUUGGUGGUAUAGGCUCACGCGCAAUGCCCAAUGGCCUAAACGAUGGCAAAGGCCAGCGGCCGCUGCAAGCCUUCUACGACGAGAAGUAUUAUACCCGGGAUGCACCCCCACCGCAACGCGCUGCACCUGCACCUGCGGCCAACGCGCGGCCAGAACAGGGCCGGCUGCACAAGUCAUCGGUUCCGUCGUUCGCGGGCUCAACGGUGUCUGUUAACAGUACGGCGAGCAACAAGGAAGAGAAGAAGAAGAAACGGGGUCUGUUCCAUUUCUGA